GACGUCAUUAUACUGCGACUGCCGGAAGAGACGUGGCAAAAUGUCCGCUUCUGAGAACGUUCGCAUUUUCUAGCUUUAGUUAUUUGUACCACCUUUUCCUUCAAACGAUAAAUCAUCGAGGAGAAAACUUGUGUGACAGCACGACAGACAGACCAUGGGUCUGUGCAAGUGUCCUAAGAGGAAGGUGACCAACUUGUUCUGCUUUGAACAUCGGGUGAAUGUGUGUGAGCAUUGCCUGGUCUCCAACCACAACAAGUGUAUAGUGCAGUCCUACCUCCAGUGGCUUCAGGAUAGUGAUUACAACCCUAACUGUCGACUGUGUAAUAACCCACUGAUCUCCCAGGAUACUGUCAGAUUGGUCUGCUAUGAUGUAUUCCACUGGGCCUGUCUUCAUCACCUGGCAGCCCGGUUGCCCCUACACACUGCUCCUGCCGGAUACCAGUGCCCCAGCUGCCAGGGUCCAGUAUUCCCCCCCUCCAACCUGGCCAGCCCAAUAGCUGAUAUGCUGAGGGAACAGUUGUCCUUAGUCAACUGGGCCAGAGCUGGACUAGGCCUACCUCUGAUUGAAGAACCUGUAAAAGCUAUUCAAGACAGCACACAGGAUGUCACUGAUUAUGCCGACUGGUCCACGUUUGAUGCACCAGCAUUGGAGCCUACUGAAGCUUACCCCACCGACUCCUACGCCUCCCAACCACACCCUAGCCCCGCCCCUACUCCAGUUCCAAACACAGUUCAGGAAGAUCAUGGAAGUCUCCACAACAAAGGGGAGAUGGUGGCUCAUGAACAACACUCUUUGGUCAACAUGAUCACUGCAACCACCAGUGACACCAUCACCCUACACACAGCAUCAUCCCCAAGGAAGAUCUAUGACACUAGGGACUCCGCACACAGCUCUGUGACACAGAUCGACUUUGAUGACGACAAGUACCGGCGACGACCAGCACUCAGCUGGUUUGCACGGAUUCUCAAAAACCGGGCAGGUUCCAAGAGGACAGGCCUGUCCUGGAAGCAGAGGGUCUUCAUGCUCCUUCUGGUUGGAGUUCUGGGAUUCUUUACCUUGAUCAUCAUUAUGGCUAAACUGGGCCGUGCUUCAGCCGACUCCGACCCCAACUUAGACCCCCUACUAAACCCCAACAUCCGAGUGGGCAACAACUGACCAGCUCCAAGUCCUAGUGAGUGUUGAACAUAGGGCCGAUAUAGGCCAUCUAAGAUGGUGGGACCAGUAAAGGCAGAGAGAUACCUUUUCUCUCUCUCAGACAUGAAAGAAAAGAGGAUGGGAUGGUGCAUUUUGUCCUGGAAAUGAUGGCAACCUUAAACCCUUCUUUGGGAUAGGCAGUUGCUUUUAGAGCUAUAUGUACAAUGAAUUUAUAUAUUUUGACCCACUCCACAUCAAAUGAGAUUGCAAUGUUGGAAUGAAUGGUGAUGGGGAAAACAGAUUUUCACCACAGAAAUACUGUAUUCUAUGACACAUGGCUUUUUGCAACAUCUGCUAAAACAGGUAUUUUUGAAGGGGGUGUCAAUAAGUUGUUCAAGUAAAUUGACAGUGAUGUUUGUGUUGAAUUGGAAGAAUGCUACGUCUGACAUUCACAUACUACAUUGUAUGGUGAUUAAAUGCAUCUGUAAAUAUAGAAAUUUAACGAGAUGAUAGUGUGUUUUGUGUUGAACUGGAAUAAAUGUUUAUCCAAUUCUCAAA